AUUGGGAUGCGUGGCUACCUUUUGAAAGACAUAUGUAUCACCUUAACAGAGUUGGGGAAUUUUUUUCAAGAGAUAUGCUCAAAAACACUGCAAGUUGAGGAUUUGGAGAAACUACAAGAUCGGAUAGUGCUCAUAUUAUGCAAGAUGGAAAAGAUUUUCCCUCCGGCAUUCUUUGAUGUCAUGGUUCAUCUUGCUAUUCACUUGCCUCAUGAGGCCAUGCUCGGAGGGCCAGUGCAAUAUCGAUGGAUGUAUCCAAUUGAAAGGCUUCUUGGUACCUUAAAGGGAUUUGUCACCAAUCGAGCCUAUCCGGAAGGAUCCAUUUCUGAGACUUACAUUGUCAAAGAGUGUCUUACUUUUUGUUCGAUGUAUCUCGGUAAUAUGGAAACAGCUUUCAAUCGGCCAGAACAAAAUGUUGAUGGUGGUGACUGUGGAAUGGGGUUAGCUAUCUUCAACCAAAAUGUUCGUCCUCUUGCCAAAAUGACGAGGGCAAGUAAUGUGACGCAGGAGGAAAUAAAUAAGGCUCAUUGGUUUGUCUUGAAUAAUAGUCUUGAGUUGGAACAAUAUCUAGAGGAGCACAAAAGUAUAUUGGCAAAUGAAAGUGCAUUUGACAUCUCCAAGAGACAACAAGAGAAAUUUUCAAAGUUGUUUAAAGAAUGUAUGAAUCAACUACGAGAUGAAGGCUCUCCAGAUGCAACCGAGGAUUUGUGGUCAUUAGCCAAUGGUCCACUUGUGAAUGUAAAUAUAUAUUCAGGUUGCAUAUCCAAUGGUAUCCGAUUUCACACCAAAGACCGGGAUAGUCAUCGUAAAAGGCAAAAUAGUGGUGUCAUGGUGGAAGGGGACCAUGAAGGCAAAACAAUUGGCUUUUAUGGAAACUUGUGCAGAGUAUGCGAGCUAAAUUAUAUCUGCGGACGCCGUGUAGUUCUAUUCCAAUGUGAAUGGUUCAAUACCAGUAGAAGUAGAUUCAUUAAAGCCGAUGCACAUUUCACAAGCAUUGAUGUAAGAAGUAGAUGGUAUAAGAAUGAUCCAUUUGUCCUCCCAAUUCAAGUGAAGCAAGUCUUCUAUGUCAAUGAUACCAAAUUUGGUGACUAUUGGAAAGUUGUAGAACGGCUCCAACAUCGAGGGAUAUGGGAUAUACCUCAGAGGGAUGAUGGUUUAGAACCCAACGAUGCAACUGCUACUGAUGUAUUCCAACAGGAUGAAACCACCAAUGCCGUCCCUAAUAUUGUUGUUGAUGAUUCAACUGAGGUUCGGUUCACUAGAGAUGAUGUUGAUCCUGAGAUUAUUCUAAGUAAUGUGGUUCUAGAGUCACACAACCGACAAGAUAUGAGUAGUUUUCCCGAAGAAGAUGAAGAUGAAGAUGAAUCAAUGGGAGAGCCUAGUGAUAAUGAGGAAAAUGAGUUUGCUAUUGAAUCUGAUUCGGAUAUAGAUCCUGAUGUAGAACCUUGAUUUAGUUUUUUGUAUUAUCGUCGUUUUUGCUUCAUGAGAUUCCAAAUUUGGAUAGUACCUAGUUAAUCAAAUUUGGAUAUUAUCAUCUAUGGAUUUAGCUUAUCUACCUUUUAUCUGCAUGUUUGAAUAUUUAUUGAGUGCAACCUGUAGCUUAUUAUUAGUUGUUUCGGGUUCAUUUUGUUUAAUUUUUGGAGCUAAAGUGGUUGGAAGUUUGAGUUACCUUUCAUUAUAUGUACAACUGACUCUUCAAUUUACUAUG